GACUUUUGAGUUUGAUUGAUUGAGGUUAUGCCUUUUAUUUUUAUUAUGUUUUAAUGUUAACUGUUUAUCAAAUGAGUUUGAUUUUUUAAUGAAAACCGAUUAAUUGACGUUAUAAACAAGUUUGAACACAAUGUGAAGAUUAUUAAACAAUAGGAAUGAUCAUUUAAAUAAGAAUGUAAUACUAAAAUUUAAGUACCUUAUUUGUGAUUGCAAAAUAAUAAGAAAGAGUAACAAUGAGCCUCAGAGGCUUAUCGAAGAAGGAGCUGGAGGAGCUGCGUAAGAAAGAAGAAGAAGAAGCCGCUGCCCAUGUGUUCAAAGAGUUUGUGGAGACAUUCCAGGAGGUGCCCAGCAGUACUUCCAAAGUAUGGGUCAAAGCUGGCACAUAUGAUGCUGGGGCUCGAAAGGAGGACACCUCUGAGCGAGGCAAGCUGUACAAGCCCCAGUCGCGGCUGGACGACAAGCGCGGCGUGAGCGAGGCGGAGGCGUUGCGCAGCCUGGCGCAGCGCGCCGAGCCGUCGCGUAUACGCAACAGGAAGAGCGGCGACAAAAAGAAGAGCAACUUGGAGCUGUUCAAGGAGGAAUUGAGACAAAUACAAGAGGAGCGUUCCGAGCGUCACAAGUACAAGAAUGUGCUCCGCGAUCGCGGUGUGGUGUGCCCCGCGGAGCCCGUGCUCGACAUGAUGCCCGACGUGGGCUCCUACGACACGGGUGACCCCAACACAACCAACCUCUACCUAGGCAACCUCAACCCCAAGAUAACGGAGCAGCAGUUGAUGGAGAUCUUCGGUCGCUACGGUCCGCUGGCUAGUAUAAAGAUAAUGUGGCCGCGCUCGGACGAGGAGAAGGCGCGCGGCCGGAACUGCGGUUUCGUCGCCUUCAUGUCGCGCAAGGACGGGGAGCGCGCGCUGCGCUGUAUGAACGGUAAGGAGGUGAUGAACUACGAGAUGAAGCUGGGCUGGGGCAAGGCGCUGGUCAUCCCGCCCGUCCCCAUCUACAUCCCGCCCGCCCUGCAGCAGCCGUGCAAGCCGCCGCCGCCCUCCGGCCUGCCCUUCAACGCGCAGCCGCCCAAGCACCUCGCAAACAAGAUACCAAGAGUUCGGCCAGGAGAUCAUCAGCCGAGCGAUCCUGAGGAUGCACAGAUUUAUGAUCAGAUUUUGUCACAAUCCAUUGUCAGGGUCGUAAUACCAAUUGAAAGGAACAUCCUGAUGCUGAUUCACCGGAUGGUGGAGUUCGUGAUCCGCGAGGGUCCGAUGUUCGAGGCCAUCAUCAUGAACAAGGAGAUGAACAACCCGUUCUUCCGCUUCCUGUUCGAGAACCAGUCGCCGGCGCACGUGUACUACCGCUGGAAGCUGUACUCCAUGCUGCAGGGAGACUCGCCCAAGCAGUGGUCGCUGGAGGACUUCCGGAUGUUUAAGGGAGGCUCGGUGUGGCGGCCGCCGGUCAUGAACCUGUACACGGCGGGCAUGCCCGACGAGUUGGUGGACGAGGACGACGCCAAGGAGAACAUCCGGGGGACGCUUUCCAUCAAUCAGCGCGACCGGCUGGAGGAGAUCAUCCGCUCGCUGCAGCCGUCGCGGCGCAGCGUGGGCGAGGCCAUGGCGUGGUGCCUGGAGCACGCGGAGGCGGCGGGCGAGGUGGCGGCGUGCCUGGCCGAGGCGCUGGCGCAGCCCGGCACGGCGCCGCCCCGCCGCGUGGCGCGCCUCUACCUGCUGUCCGACAUCCUGCACAACGCGGGCGCCAAGCUCACCAACGCCAGCGCCUACCGCGGCGCCUUCCAGUCCCGGCUGGUGGAGAUCAUGCGCAACUGCUACCAGGCGUGGGCGGGCAUGACGUCGCGCAUGCAGCAGGAGGGCUUCCGCGCGCGCGUCACGCGCAUCCUGCAGGCGUGGGCCGACUGGGCCGUGUACCCCACCGACUUCCUGCUGCACGUCAACGACGUGUUCCUCGGACAGGAGAAGGUGAGGAGCGCAUCCUGCAGGCGUGGGCCGACUGGGCCGUGUACCCCACCGACUUCCUGCUGCACGUCAACGACGUGUUCCUCGGACAGGAGAAGGCGAGGAGCGCAUCCUGCAGGCGUGGGCCGACUGGGCCGUGUACCCCACCGACUUCCUGCUGCACGUCAACGACGUGUUCCUCGGACAGGAGAAGGUGAGGAGCGCAUCCUGCAGGCGUGGGCCGACUGGGCCGUGUACCCCACCGACUUCCUGCUGCACGUCAACGACGUGUUCCUCGGACAGGAGAAGGAGGGCGAGUCUCGCUUGGUCAGCGCGGAGGCGGAGACCGCGGAGGGCGAGGCCGACGGGGCUGCGUCCCCCGCCGGCUCCACCGCGUCCAACGCGUCGGGCGGCUCCGGGGGCUCCGGGCCGCUGGACGGGGCGGCGCUGCGGCGUCUGGCCGAGCAGCGCCCCACGCAGAUGGCGCUGCUCGACGUCAGCGAUAUCGACGGAGUGCCGAUGGACGAGGACAUCGACGGCGUGCCGCUGGAGGGCGAGGCGGAGGGCGGCGCCGACGGCGAGCGCAGCGUGGCGGGCUUCGUGCCGUCGCGCUGGGAGAGCGUGGAGCCCGCGCUGCCGCUGCCCGACGUGCUGCGCGAGCCCACGCCGCCGCCGCCGGAAGGGCUGGUGGAGUCGCCGCGCAGCCGCAGCGCGGAGGCGACGCUGCGGCGCGAGACGCUGCGCGACAUCGAGGUGCGCGUGCUGAAGUACGCGGACGAGCUGGAGGCGGGCGCGCGCGCGCUGCGGCCCGGCCUCGCCGCGCACGCGCAGAUACAGCACUACCGCCGGAAACUCAUCAAGAAGGCGCUGCGCGAGGCGAAGGAGGCGGAGGAGGCGCUGUCCCCGCCCGCGCUGGAGGAGGACUCCUUCUCCAGCACGUCCAAGAAGUCGAAGAAGUCGCGCGAGCCCACGCUGUCGCCGCCGCCCAAACGAUCCCGAGAACGUAAAUCAAGAUCACGCUCGAGAUCCCGGGAGAGAGAUCGGGAACGUGACAGGGAUAGAGACCGCGAGCGGGAGAGAGACAGGGAGCGUGAGAGGGAGAGGGACCGCGACCGCGAGAGGGAGCGGGACAGAGACAGGCGGAGGAGGUCUCCCGUCACGCCGCCGCACCACAGGAAGCACGCCAAACACGCCAAAUAUAAAUACUGACAGACUAUUUAGCUAUACCGUUAUAAUAACAUUAUGUUUAAAAUAAAUUAUAAUUAUAAGGAA